CGACUUGAAACUCAAACCAGGCUCAUGCGCGACAUACAACGAGACUGGAAGAAGAAGGCCACGUUCUCCCUGCCUUUCCCCAGGCGACAUGAACCUUAGGGCGAGAGUGCCGCUGUGGAGCCUGCUUGUCCUCGCCCUGCUCCUGACGGGCCACUACCUCAGGCACCGGCCAGCAGCAGAACUGCGGCUCACAGACUGGUUCAGACCUAGGGAGCGUCCGGACGUGACGACCUCCACGGCCUGGAUGGCCCCAGUCGUGUGGGAAGGCACCUUCAGCAGGGAGGUCCUGGAGAGGCAUUACAGGCGGAGAAACGUCACUGUGGGCUUGGUCGUCUUUGCCACAGGCAGCUUUGCAGACGAGUACCUGGAGCAGUUCCUGCGGUCGGCAGACAGGCACUUCCUGCGGGGUCACCGGGUCAUCUUCUACAUCAUGGUGGACGCCCUCUCCAGCCUGCCGGACUUCCAGCCAAGCCACCUGCGCACGCUCAGGGUGCUCCGUGCAGAUGAGGGGGGCUGGUGGCACGACCCGUACGUGCUGUGCAUGAGGAGCCUGGGCGACCACAUCGUCUCGCACAUCCAGGACGAGGUGGACUUCCUCUUCAGCAUGGCCGUCAGGCAGGUGUUCAGGAGCGCCGUCGGGGCGGAGGCCCUGGGCUCGUCGGUGGCUCAGCUGCACGCGUGGUGGUACUUCAGGGGCACCGAGCGCCUCCCCUACGAGAGGAGGCCCGGCUCCGCAGCCUACAUCCCCCUCGGGCAGGGCGACUUCUACUACGACAGCUCGAUCGUGGGCGGCACGCCCCUGGAGCUCUUGAGCCUCGUGGAGAGCUACCUGCAGGGUGUCGCUCACGACGUCAGGAACGGGCUCAACAGCAGCUACGAGAAGCACCUGAACAAGUACUUCCUCCUGCACAAGCCCGCCAAGCUGCUGUCGCCCGAGUACAGCUGGGACCCCGCCUUCUCCCUCCCUUCGCACGUCCACUACGUGAAGAUCGCGCGGCAGGCCAAGCCCGGCCUGAAGCCCUGGGGCUAGGACCGCGGCUCGCCAGUCCUCAGAGGCAGGGGCUGCCACCUCUGGCCUCCCAGCACACCUGGAACCAACAGGCCCCGCCUGCGCCAGGUGAAGAGUAAAUGUGGUGGUUUAGUGUU